AGCCUCAUGUACGCUCAGUGGGCUUCCAGUGCUGGAUGGUAGCCAAAGAAUUGCUCAGGAACAACACAGGAAGAAGCCACAGGGGGAAACGGUGGCAGUGGAACAUCUGAUUUACCUAACAAUAAUCUUGUUGCAUUCUGAGUAAGGCAAAAAUACAUACCAAUAUUAACAUCAGUAUGUAUGCACCUGGGGCUGCGUUCGCCCUCUGUUUGUCUUGCAUUUUGAAUGGGAAUGCGUUUGGUUAUGCAUAUGGAGAGGAUUACUCUGAUCUCUACUACAAUGAAAUCAUUAAUGGUGACCACCCGCAAACUGGAGCCACACAAAGUCCCUGCCAGUCCCAAGAUGUCUUGCACUGGGACAAACUUUUUAUCAUGCUGGAGGACUCUCAGAUGAGGCAAAACAUGCUCUUGCAACAGAGUGAAGACAUGGCUAAGGUGGAGAUGAACGACAUACGAAAGGAACUCCAGAAGCUUAGUUCUAAUAACAAAGCAUGUACACAAGCCUUAGAGAAAACCUGCAAAGGUAUAAAGGAGCAGAUGAACCUCAAACUAAACAAAGUCAUGGAGCAGUUUCGAGAGACUGCAGAUAAGUUUCAAGCCCAAAACAAUGAAACAUUGCAGCAGCUUCUGCAGUUCAGCAAGAGCCAGGCCACACGUCUCACCAAACUUGAGAGCAACUUCCUGCAAGGAGUAGGUCUGACACAAGUGGCCAUGAAAUCUUUACCCACAUACCCAAAGGAACAAGAGGCAAGCAGUGCCGAUAGCGGGAAGCUGGAGAGAAUGUUAAUUGCCACCGCUGCAGAUCUGCAAAGGGUGCAUGCCCAGCUAGCCCUUUUCCAAAGAGCAAAUGCACACCAUUAUAUGCCAUCAGGCUGUGAAAUGGCUUUAUUAUUUCCAAUGCGUUCCAAGCACAUCUUUGCAGAGGUGACACCCUCCAAGUCAUUCUCACUACGAUCAUUUACAAUCUGCAUGUGGGCCAAGGUGACUCAGUCUCUGAAUAGAACAGUGCUUUUCUCUUAUGGCACCAGGAAAAACACUCAGGAGCUCCAGCUUCUCUUGGCAAGGCGCUCUGUGCUCCUAACAGUGGGUGGUGAGACUCAUCUAGUGGAAGCUCACAACCUAGUAACAGAUGGGCAGUGGACACACUUCUGUGGAGCCUGGAGCUCAGACCAGGGGCUGGCCACUUUGUGGGUGAAUGGAGAGAGAGUUGCCAGUGUCGCUGGGGUAGCCGAGGGGCACAUAUUGCCUGGUGAUGGAUUCAUUCUUCUUGGGCAGGAGCGCAGCCGGUCGGGUAUCUACAAAAAUAUGGACUCAUCGGUAGCCUUCACAGGAAAGAUGACAGGAGUCAACAUGUGGGACCAUGUGCUGGAAGCUGGAAGGAUAAAAGAGUAUGCCAAAGAAGACGGAUCAUGUGAUAAUCUUGGGAAUGUGAUUGGAUGGGGUGUCUCAGAGAUCAUUCCACAAGGAGGUUCUCAGUACAUUAACUGAAGCUACACCAUUUUUGUACAUUAAGAUAACAAAGAGAUAAAUAAAUAAGAGAUAUUGUAAAGUAUCAAUGAGUUUGUAUUGACCUAAAUGUUUUAUACCACUGCUUUUAAUUCUUGUUCAUUUCAAAUAAAGCUUAAACACUUUACACAAAGUUAAUCAAAACAGUUUAAUUUUGUGUUGUUUUGUUUGUUUUUGUUUUAAUGCAUAAAUGAGAAACUUGCAUUAGAAUGAUAUUAAUUGUAUUAAAUUCUUGUGGUGUGCCUUAGUGAACCUAAUUAAUAGACUACAAAUAGCAAAUCUGUUUCUGUUGUUCCCAAUUUUACAUUUUAAUGACUUAAGGUGGGGCAAGUCUGGAUUUAUUUACAGCACCAUGCUGGUCAUGACUGUUUACAUUGUUCACCAAUAAUUUGAAACAGAUUUGCCCUCUCUUGAAGUUUAUGUGCAAUUUACAACGUGGCUGGUUUAAUGCUGCAUUGGUGUUAUUCUAAUGUGACUAUUGCCAGUUGGUUCAGUCUGACUUCAAAUAAUACAAAAUAAUCCCAAACAAGGCGUAUGCCUAAACCAUUGUGACAUCUAUUAAAUUACACCCUGUACAUUAAAUGUUUAUUACAAUGA